CAAACUCAGUAGCAGUCGUCGAUGUCAAUAAUGACACCAAACCCGAUAUAGUCACCGCUAACUAUGGUGCAAAUACUGUCAGUGUUCUUCUUAAUACAGGUACUGGGACAUUUUCUGCUCACACUACUUAUGCAACUGGCACCAGUCCAAACUCAGUAGCAGUAGUCGAUCUCAAUAAUGAUAACAAACCAGAUAUAGUCAGCGCUAACUCUGGUGUAAAUACUGUCAGCGUUCUUCUUAAUACAGGUACUGGGACAUUUUCUGCUCAAACUACUUAUACAACUGGCACCAAGCCACAGUCAGUGGCAGUCGUCGAUGUCAAUAAUGACAACAAACCAGAUAUAGUCACCGCUAACUAUGGUGCAAAUACUGUCAGUGUUCUUUUUAAUACAGGUACUGGGACAUUUUCUGCUCAAACUACUUAUGCAACUGGCACCAAUCCAAACUCAGUAGCAGUCGUCGAUGUCAAUAAUGAUAACAAACCCGAUAUAGUCACCGCUAACUAUGGUGUAAAUACUGUCAGUGUUCUUCUUAAUACAGGUACUGGGACAUUUUCUGCUCAAACUACUUAUGCAACUGGCACCAAGCCACAGUCAGUGGCAGUCGUCGAUGUCAAUAAUGAUAACAAACCAGAUAUAGUCACCGCUAACUAUGGUGCAAAUGCUGUCAGUGUUCUUCUUAAUACAGGUACUGGGACAUUUUCCGCUCAAACUACUUAUGCAACUGGCAGCAGUCCAAUCUCAGUGGCAGUCGUCGAUGUUAAUAAUGACACCAAACCCGAUAUAGUCAGCGCUAACUCUGGUGUAAAUACUGUCAGCGUUCUUCUUAAUACAGGUACUGGGACAUUUUCUGCUCAAACUACUUAUGCAACUGGCACCAGUCCACAGUCAGUGGCAGUCGUCGAUGUUAAUAAUGACAACAAACCCGAUAUAGUCACCGCUAACUAUGAUGCAAGUACUGUCAGUGUUCUUCUUAAUACAGGUACUGGGACAUUUUCUGCUCAAACUACUUAUGCAACUAGCAAAGGUCCAAUCUCAGUGGCACUCGUCGAUGUCAAUAAUGACAACAAACCAGAUAUAGUCACCGCUAACUAUGGUGCAAACAAUGUGAGUGUUCUUUUUAAUACAGGUACUGGGACAUUUUCUGCUCAAACUACUUAUGCAACUGGCAGUUAUCCACGAUCCGUCGCAGUCGUCAAUAUGAAUAAUGACACCAAACCCGAUAUAGUCACCGCUAACUAUGGUGCAAAUACUGUCAGUGCUCUUCUUAAUACAGGUACUGGGACAUUUUCCGCUCAAACUACUUAUGCAACUGGCACCAAUCCAUACUCAGUAGAAGUCGUCGAUGUCAAUAAUGAUAACAAACCCGAUAUAGUCAGCGCUAACUCUGGUGUAAAUACUGUCAGUGUUCUUCUUAAUACAGGUACUGGGACAUUUUCUGCUCAAACUACUUAUGCAACUGGCACCAGUCCAAUUUCAGUGGCAGUCGUCGAUGUCAAUAAUGACAACAAACCAGAUAUAGUCACCGCUAACGCUGGUGCAAACGGAGUCGGCGUUAGCGUACACUGCUAA